CGAGUCUUUUUGAUUCAAAACUGUUUAUACUGCACUCAGCACUUGUCUGAUUAUUAUUGUAAAAUGGCAAGUGUUUAUGUAGUACUAUUAGUAGGCAAUGGCUAGACCGUAGACGCUGCAUCCAUUGCAUGAUCCAGUGAUCUCAGAGCGUGCUUCGCCUUCUUCUCCACUGUGUGACGGUGUGCAAAUAAUUUGCCUAGAAAUGGCGGAGAGUGCUUCACUGUUUGCUGAUGACCUGGUAAAAGGCCACUGCAUGACACUGACCGAAUGCUAUGAUAGCUUUCGGGAGCUGCACACACUGAUGGAUAGUCCUUCAGCGAUUUUUAUCACAUCUAGUCACAUGGUCCGGUAUUUUGUGAACGACUUCUGGUCUGCCCUUGAUGAGGAUUGGCAGAAGGAUCUCCUGGCUCUCUCGGAUGAGUCACUGGCUACUCUGCCGAAUGCUAUCUUGAAACAAGAAUGCCAAUCAGCGAACUUUGUUGCCUUUGUCAAUCGUGUACGCAAUGCCAUCUUGCCUCGCAGCCAGUCUGCACUUGCCGAUGCCUUGAUCUCCAGGCAGCCAGGGCAUUUCAUUGAUCACCAGAUGUCGCCGAAAAAGAGUCAUGAAGUUCAACUGCUGGCUGCUUUGACUGGUGCUGUGUCCAAGGAUCAGGGCCUUGAGCAGAUUGUCGAUGUGGGCAGUGGCAAGGGAUAUCUAAGUGAGACACUUGCCUUGCAACAUGCCCUUACUGUGGUGGGAGUCGAUGCUUGCGAGACCAAUGUCCACGGAGCAGAGAAAAGAACCAACUUGCUUCGCCGCUACUACAACGGACUCGUAAAGCGAGCAGAGCGCCUCAAACAAGAGCAAGAACCUAAACUGGCAGGUUCUGCUGGCGAAGCUACUGGCGGUGGUAAGAAUGCAGCCACAGAAGUGGCUGUACUUACAAACGAUGCUGAAGUAGCCCUUGAACCAAGUCCUAGUUUUCAAAGCAGCUUGGAGGCUACUACUGCUGCAUGUAGUAUGGACACCGAGCAGUCUGCCUCGAGCCAAGCCACCGGCAGUUCCUGCAGUAGCACUACCAGCAGCAGCGGCUUUGACAAGGAAAGAGGCGAAGACGAGUGUAGAGCUCAAUCACCUGCGUCCCGUGCUAAGAUAGCUUGUGUGGCAUCGAGUGCGGAGGCUACCUACGCUGAGUACACAUGUACUGUUCCUUCAACGUCUGACGGUUGCCGAGAUUCUGCUCCUAAGCAAACCACAUCACCCCCACCAGGUAGAGUGUCAGCAUCAUCGAGCCCACCAAAGGGAUUGCCGUCAACCCAGAGUCGGAAGAAGAAAGAAGUCGCCAUGCCUUCUCACAUGCCUGUCGCUGGUUUCGUGCGCCAUGACGAAGAUGAUUUCAUGGCAUUUCUGGCAGAGAGAAGUCAGGGUCGGAUAGCGAUGGAGAAGCCUCUUCUCCUGACUGGCCUGCACGCGUGCGGUAAUCUAUCCAGCACCAGCCUGCGUCUGUUUGCUCACUGUCCCAACCUGCACGCCCUGUGCACGGUCGGCUGCUGUUACCACGUACUGACUGAAAGUGAGGAAGCAGAGCGGGACCGUGCUGAUGGCAGUGUGGAGGACCGUGGCUACAAGAGGGAAGAGCGGAACGACUGGAGAGGCAAAGGAGGUGAGGGACCUCUCGGCUUUCCUUUGAGUAAGCUUGGUGAAGAGCUACAGCCAAAGCUGGGCAUCAAUGCUAGAAUGCUGGCCUGCCAAGCGCCAGACCGCAUGUGCUCUGGAGAGCCUCCUUCUCACAUUGGCAUAUUCUGGAGAGCCGUGUUUCAGGUCAUACUGGUGGAGAAAUUCAAUCGAGACAACCACAGUCGUAAAAACAAUGUUGGACGGCAAGUGUCGAAGAGCAAGACGUUUCGCGAGUACGUCCACCGCUGCCUGAGGAAGCUGGAAAUCGACCCAUCUGCAAUCAGUGAUGAGGAGAUUGCGGACUAUCUUCAUCGCUUUGAACCCAGACACAGGCAGCUGCAGUGCUUUGCUCAGAUGCGGGCAAUGGUUUCUGCUGUGACAGAGUCAUUGAUUCUCGUCGAUCGGAUCGCCUUCCUUCUUGAGCAGCCGAGUAUAUCCUUAGCAUGUGCUAUACCUCUGUUCGACCCGGUUACAUCUCCACGCAAUGUUGUUGUUCUGGCAGUCAAGAAGCCGCCCUCACCGCUGUAACCACCAUCGCCAUCCGCUGCAACCACCAUCGCCAUCCGCUGCUGGUCAGUGGAGAUGGUCAUGUGCUUUUUUUGAAAUGCAAUGAUGAUGAUACUGGUGGUGUUCCAGAGCUGGCUUGCCAUGGUGCUAGUGUAUAGUGAAGCAUGACCACUGCUGACAAUCCACUAUCACUAUUGUCAUUGUGUACACUGAUUUGCGUGUCCUCGCUCAUUACAGCGCGCUUUCCAGUGCCUUUUGGUCUUCACACAAACAUACACACGCGUAUCAUCAUCCUUGAACACACCAUUUUAAGUUCUAGCACAUAAUCAUGCUGAUAUAAUUAUAACAAAUCUUCACAGAGAUAAUAUUGAUUCAGAUGAGACAUAAGAAAGAAAUCAGUUCUGAAUUUCUGGUCCUUGAUUACGCACACUGUAACUUUUCGACUUUGCAGCCUCUCACUGUCCAGUGUCCUAUAUCACCAAACACAUGCCAUUGUGUCAUCAUUCCUAGCUGGAACACACUCAAAGUAACGACGUUGUGUUGUGUUUAUGCUGGAAACUAAAGCACCGUUUGGGCUUUGCUAGA